CUUCUUCUCCUUUCGACAAUGGAAGCCACUCUCUUCUCCUCUCCUCCCCCACACUCCCCCCUAUCCCUAACCCGACCCGCCAACCCAUUCCUCACUCUCCCGACCCGGCCCGCAUUCCCCACCCGCCGCUCCUCCUCCACCAUCCGCUCCGCCAUCUCCCGCACCAAGAAAGAAGAAACCGUCUCCACAAUCAAGACCAACCUCGAAAACUGCUACCUCCUCGCCGGCAUCUCCUUCAAGGGCCUCUCCGUCAAACAGCUCCAGGACCUCCGCAAGGCCCUCCCGGACUCCACCAAGCUCAUCGUCGCCAAGAACACCCUCGUCAUCAAAGCCAUCGAGGGCACCCCGUGGGAGGCCCUCAAGCCCUGCAUGACCGGAAUGAACGCCUGGCUGUUCGUCCACAGCGAGGAGAUCCCGCCGGCGAUUAAGCCCUACCGGGAGUUUCAGAGGGAGAGGAAGCUUGAGAAUGACUUCACCGGGGCCGUGUUUGAGGGCAAGUUUUAUGGCCCCGGCGAGUUUAAGGCGCUGGAGACGAUGCCGACGAGGCUGGAGAUUUAUGCCAAGCUGCUCGGAAGCCUUAAGGGCCCGGCGUCGAGUGUGGUGGGGACAAUUCAGGCGCCGGCGAGGGAGCUGGUGAUGACUUUGCAGGCUUAUGUGCAGAAAUUGGAGCAGGAGGGAGGGCAAUAGUUGGUUUCUCAGGCUUAGGGGGAAGGUUGGCCAAAAAAGAAUUUGGUGGAACAUGAGCACAUGUAGUGAGUUUUCAAAUUGAUGGGAAAGAGUUGCACCACAUGCGUGAGGUUGCAUUGCCAUAAUCCAUCUUAUUACUCACAAUAGCGCUACCACAAUGCCCCUAAAACAUGUUAUCUGGAAACAUUCCCCCUGAAAAUGUAAACAAGACAAUGCCUUCUCCAGGCAUUCUGUGAAAAACUGAAACACUGCACCUUUAUAUAACAUACCAGUCACUAUGCAAUAAUUUUUUGGUUCCAUAUUCAAUAAUGAGCUAAGAUAACCACGUUUCAAAUAGUUUCUAAUUCUUGGGCUUCUCCACUAUGUUUCCUUUUAAGUAGAAAUUUGUGAUCAUGUAAAAUCAUAGUUGAUGACCAAAGUCUUGGUUCAGUGAAUUAACAAUCUCCUGCUGAGUUACUUGUCCAACACCUGCAAAGUGGAAUGAGUUAAAAGUUCCUUGUAGAUAGGCAAUAAACUGGUAGCACUGUUACUUUCCAACAUCUUUGAAUUUUUUCUUAUUGCGU